GGGUCACUGUGUGUCAUGAGUAUACCUAAUUCCUACCCAACUCAGAAGCCAACUUCCCACGACACCGUGUACGGAAGCCUGCAGGGGUCAGAAAGGAAAGAGAGCUAUCCGGGUGGGACACCGAAAGAGCGUCUUGUGGAAUGCCCGGGACGCGGGGGUCACCGGCAUUAGGAAUAUACAAUCUGGGAGAGACAGCGCUUGGACUAUAAAUACAGAGACUCGCACACUCGGGAUCUCUGCAGGAAAAUACCCAGAGCCAUAUAAACAUCGCUCAGGCACUGUGCUCUGCAGGCAAUACAUGCAUCUCACCUACACAUAUGUUACAUGAUCUCACCUACACAUAUGUUACAUGAUCUCACAUAUACACACACCUUUAUCUAUGCGUUUGUGCCUGAUCCUAUGAGCCUGGCAUCACCCAGGGGACAUAUCUUGAUGUAAACACACUCACAUAAGAAUGAUGUAUAAAUCGGUGACAUAGUUAUUAUAGCAAUCUGUGUAGACUGUUACAUGUAGGCUCGUUAUUAGUGCACAUAGUAUUGUUAUAUGAAGUAAUCCAGGUGUAUGUGUACAUAGGGGCAUAUGUAACCUUCACGUUCAUUUGGCAGAGGAGAUUCUAGUUCAGAUAUAACCCGAUUAAACCCGAUUAUUACACAGAAGGGGAAAUCCCCCAGGAUAGAAUUGUCAGGUUUUGUGUUUUUGUUUUUUUAAUUAGAAGUAAAAUUUGCUUUGUGCAUCCGCAGAUGUAUAAACUAUAUAUAAACAUAUUAGCUAAAGGAGGAGAGCAGAAACCAAACCAGUAGGUGAUAAGAACACAAACUAAUAAUCGCUUAUCCGCAUACAACAUUAGGUUUUUGAAGAAGGAAGUGUACGUAAAUGUUUUCUUAAAAUAUAUAUAGGAACUGCUCAGAAGAGUCCGAAGUUUUAUCUGCAUUUCAGUCUGCUAAACCAUUAUUUACUCAUAAAUAGUAUUUUACCAUUGUAUAGGAUACACACUUUCCAGCUGCAGGGACGAAUUAUAAAUGCAUCUGCUGAAAAUGCCAUCAGUUUCUGUAGGGAAUGGAGAGAGAAGGGCGGAUAAAGGGAAGUGGACUGUAUAAAAGCUCCAAACGCUUACUGCCUCACACUACUCGCAGGGCAGGAUGAAAUGAGGAUGGCACUUUGCUGAGGAUAAAACAAUCUUUCCUGGGAAACAAUUGGAAUUUCAUUAUCAAGGAUACAAUCAGUUCUAUUUUAUGGAUUGAAACAUUUUUUCCCCCAGAUUUUUUCUUUGCACAUCUCUGGUUGGGGAUAUUGAAUUACUACCUGCAAGGUCUGGGAAUUAUAAUCCGUAGAUGUCCUCUUUACAGGAACUAUACGUCUACUUUAUGGAGACUCUUCUGUAAAAAAAAAACUGCGAAAAACAAGUUUAACAUAAAUAAUUUUAUUAAACCUCCUGUAUUCCAACACACUGUCAUAUCAUCACCCUAUUGCCUCCUGAUUCCAGUUUAUGGCUUUCAUGAUGAUGAAAAAGAAGAAAUUUAAGUUUCGGGUGGAUUUUGAAUUGGAUGAGUUAUCAUCAGUUCCUUUUGUGAACGGAAUCCUGUUCUGUAAGAUCCGACUGCUGGAUGGUGGUAGCUUCAGUGUGGAGUCAAGCAGGGAGGGUGUCCAGGCUAACUGUGUGCGCUGGAGGAAGAAAUUAUCCUUCAUGUGCAAAAUGAGUGCAAGUGCGGCUUCUGGUAUUCUAGAUCCAUGUGUCUGCAGGGUGUCUGUGCGCAAGGAGUUAAAAGGCGGGAAAGCAUACGCAAAGCUUGGCUUUGCAGACUUAAACCUUGCAGAGUUUGCCGGAUCUGGCAACACAAUCCGGAGAUGCCUCUUGGAGGGGUACGACACUAAGAGAACACGGCAGGAUAACUCCAUUUUAAAGGUUGGGAUCAGCAUGCAGCUCAUGUCUGGGGACCCCUGCUUUAAAACUGCUCCUUCCACUGCUACUUCAAUUGCAACUCCCGGAGAUUCUGAUUCUUUGCAGGAAGACCGGAAAGGCAGAGAGACUUUGAAGCUGCACUUGGGUGUUGCUGACCUUUCAUCAAAGAGUGCCUCAGUCCCUGAUGAACUGGGAGCAUGCGGCCAUUCCAGGACCUCCAGUUACGCCAGUCAACAGUCCAAGGCUUCAGGCUACAGCACAGGGCACUCACGGUCUUCCAGUUUGUCUGAGUUGAGCCACCGGAGGAAUACAUCUGAGGGAAGCACAUCCACUGGUAUUGGGAGUAUUCCAGAACCAAAUGAGGAUGAUGGCACUAAGGUUCUCACCUUCAGCCCAGAAAUCACAGAGGAGGGGUCAUCUAAUGAAAAACUUAGCAGGCUCCCUGUGAAACAGGACUCGGUUGAAUCACAGUUAAAACGAGUAGAUGCCACACGGGUGGACGCAGACGACAUCGUGGAAACAAUUCUCCAAAGUCAAGAUUUUACCCUAGACUCAAGUGCUGAGGAGGAAGGUCUGAGGCUGUUUGUGGGUCCUGGAGGGAGUACUGCACUUGGAAGCCAUCAUCUACCAAACAGGGUUGGUGCAGGUCCAUAUGAACAGGUCGUAAUUAAACGCUGAGAAGCCAGCGAGAUGUGGAUGUGCGGGGACCACUAGAAUCCAGCCUUAACGGUUUCAUAUAUUGCAGACUUUUCAUGGACAGGAUUUACAGGUUGUACUUGGAGGUGACACUGAAGACAAAUACGGUGCUGUAGAAACCCAAGGGUGGUUGUCUUAUUCCUUCCUCAGAUAUGGAGUGAAUUCUAUUCCCGGUGGAUAAAUCUGUACUAUUUCACACCUCCCCAACACUAAUGACUGUUUAACAACAACGUUGGUAAUAGGAAUCUGUACAAAGCUAUUGUCAUUAUGACAUGCAACUAUUGCUGUCACUGAUGGUCUGUCUGACUUACAACUGACACGAUGGGAGAUUUUUUACUAGUUUGUACAAUGGCUGCAGAAUUCACAUCCGUAAAUGCCACCAGUCAGAUGGCUUCUCUGUGCCUCUUAAAGCACUAAUCUUACUUUUGCAGAUGGGAUAAUAGCUGAUGGAAGCUAUGAGGGUGUUGUCAGUCUGGCACCCUACAGCUAGAGAAGCUCUUGAAUUUAUUACUCUCAAUCGCAUCCGUGAUGACACAUUGAAGUGAAUGGGGGCCACUUAUCUUUAACAUGUGGGUUUGAUUAAGCUUGGAAGGUGCUGCAAUGUUUUGUGAGUGUGAAUGUGUCUGUUGUGUGAUAAGAGGGGAUCCCAUUCUCUCCAAUGUCUCAUUACAGGACCUAGCACUAUGAAUGCUAAUGAAUUCCUAGCUGGAAAAUAAGACUUAUAUUGUAGAUUUGAGGCCACAUAACUUUACCAUACUAUCUGGUAGAAACGCUGUUUUAUGCUUCUUGUACAUCAGACAGUAGUUUGGUUUGCCUAUAAGUAAAUAUUAGCAAUACAGCAGAAUAUAAGAAAUGUUGUGCAUCCAAAAUAUUUAUAAUAAACAGAGUAGGUUUAAUUAAGAGCAGGUGAUAACUUUUUUUUGUCCCUCAAACCAUAAAAUAUAUAAAUCCUUAACUAAGCCAGAAGUCACUUUAUUAGGGGAAAAUACUACUUUAGCGCGUGAAGCCAAAAGUCAGCUGGGGUAUACUAAACAACCCCUUGGUACCUGGGUCAUUUUUGGCCUUCCAAGUUUUUUGUGUAGUUUGUUUCCCAGAGAAAAACCUUUCCUUUUAUGAGGUUUAUUUACUAAAUGCAGCUUGUAAAAGUUGCUCCUUCCGACACAUAAGUCUGACAUAUAAUAGGACAAUGCUUUUACAAGCAGAACACUGGGUGUUUUGGUAUUAAAAGCAUUGCCCUUUUAAACUAUGGGAUUAAACGUGACCUAAAGCCGCUUAGUAAAUAAACUUCUAUAAUUACUUAAUUUUCCUAAUUACACCAUCAAAGAGUAUACUGUAUAUAUAACAUAUAUUUGGACCUGCCCAUGAAAACAUGUAAACUUAAAAUAUCUAAGCAAAGUACUUUGUUCCAGUGACUUAAGCACCCAUAUUUCUUAAGUUAAAGCUACAGAUAAAUUUAUUAUCUACAAGCCUAAUUUCUGAAUACAGACAUGCCUCCGUUAUCCUUUAUAAAAUUGGAUGUUACAGUCCAAAUCAGUGUCUUACACAGGGAUUGCACCAGUGUUUUUAUAUGUUCAUUUAUGCAGGUAAGAAUAACAAAAUAGAAUAUGAAAGGACCAAGUACAGGUCUUCCAGCGUAUAGUAACAAUAGCCUGUUGUAUCUUACACUACAUAUAGGCUCUGCCUGGCACCAUACGUUUUGUUUCUCAUUGUCUGUAUUUCAUAAGUGUGCUUAACACAUAACGUGCUGAUGUUUACAAUCUGAUACUAGUCUUCAGGAAUAUAUCGUUUUUUAGGGUGGCUAAUAAAGGAGGUAAGAUUUGAGGAUGGCGGGUGUUUAUGGUAAAAUGUAUGACACUAUUUCUUAUUGUAUUUGCUUUGUGUUGAGUAUAUACUUACAGAAUAUAUGAAGAAUUAAAUACAAUAUACUGGGAAUCUGGGAAAUUACCUAUUUUGGGGAAACAGUUGCCAUUUAAUUUAUGGUGCAAUAUUGACUUUUGCUUGUAUAGUGAUAUUUUUAUACAUUUUGAUUUUAUUGUAUGGAUGUGUUUUAUUUUAUGACUCAUUGAGAUUACAAGUAGAUCUGUAAGAAGGCUUGAUUGGCCUACUGUCUUUUUUUUCUUUUAUACAAACAGCUGAUGUCUAAAAUACAUUUAUAGUUCUGCGAGUUGUCACCAAUGUUCUAUACCGCAGCUCCCAGGUGAUUUAGCUGUAAGUUCAGUAGCCUGAGGCAGUCACUAUGAAGAUUUCCUUAUUGCAAGAGUUCUUUGUUUUAAUAUUUUGCCGGAGUGUGAAGGAAAUUGCCUCCAAAUAUGCCGAGCGUGAUGAAAAAGAUAUGACAGAACAUGAUUUCUAAGCAGUCAUGCUCCUAUUGGUUGAUGUGAUAUCAUGUAACCAAUGAGAAGCCUCAUGGUCCUGUGCUAUGCUUUUCUGCCUCCUUCCUUUCUUGAACGAAUGUCCAACAGAAGCGUGUUUUUCACUGGAGUUAUCACUAGCAACGGACGCUGUCUGUAAUGUGAGAGUAACAUUUGCCUAUAACUGGCUAUGUUCUCAAAACUGGAAACACGAACGCAACACUAGCAAACGCCAGUAGUUUCGGCAGUGUGGUUUCUAAUGCCCAAGCCGUUUAAAUGCAUUUUACGAGUGUUAAAUACAGCGGGCAUGAAGGCUUAGAACAGGGGUGGGGAACCUUUUUUCUACCAAGGGCCAGUUGGAUAUUUAUCAAAUCCUUCGGGGGCAAUAAAAAAAAUGAUCAACUUAAUAAUUAGCCUGCCCCCCAGUAGUUAUGCCCCAGUAGAUAUGCCCCCAGUCAGUAGCUAUGCCCCCAGUCACUUGUGCCCUAUUAGAUAUGCCCCCAGCCAGUUAUGCCCCAUUAGAUAUGCCCCCAGUCACUUGUUAUGCCCCAUUAGAUAUGCACCCAGUCACUUGUUAUGCACCAUUAGAUAUGCCCCCAGUCACUUGUUAUGCCCCAUUAGAUAUGCCCCCUAGUAGCGCCACUUACACACACACACACACAUUAAAAGAAAAAAUACAAAACACAAUACUCACCAGCCCCGUUCCUGCUUCCGGACUGCUGCCCUCCGCCUAGCCGCCCACUCUCCCAUAGCGCCGUAUAUGUACACUGCCUGAGCCGGAUUCAGGAGCUUAGGAAUGAGCUCCUGCCUCUGGCUGCUGCUAAGGAGAAAGAGCCGGGCACCCGCUGGUAACAAAAUCUCAUUGGGCGCCCGGCAUCUCCCUCGGUUAGGUGAGCCUGGCCAGGCCAGAUCAAGUGGCUUUGCGGGCCUGAGAUUCCCCACCCCUGGCUUAGAAUAACAUUCUUGCUAUAUAAUCCUUUACAGAUCUCCAAAACACACAUAUAAGGGACUCACAAUCUGUUACGUUUUUAUUAUAUUUAGGCUUACAUUGAGUGUCCACCCUCCUUUUAAUUAUAAUUACAACUUUGCCACAUGAAACUCUCUCCCUAGUACAAUUAGUCACUACUUUGUUGUCCCUGGCAACCAGCACCAUGUAAGAUAAGUAGGCAGGAAAUGCUCAGUGAUUGGCUCCCUCACUCAUGAGCCCAUGGUGCUAUGUGGAGGGUCCAGCUGAUAAUGAAGACUGCAGGGUUUUUUAUUGAUAUCUAAAUACAUAUUAUUUAUAUAUUUUUCUUUAUCCUGUCCAGUUAAAAAUGAUUAUAUUUGACACAUCACUCUGAUUUAUGUGGUUUGCAGGUCAUUCAGGCCUGCUUUCCUGAGCACUUUAGCCUAGCCCCCUGUGCUUCCCUAAGUGUAUUAAUGACUUCAUAAACAUGUUUAUUAUUUAGGAGAUAUGGUAUAGCAUUACAUUAUCUGUAUAGUAUACAAUGAGAAUGGUCUUUGCUGCUGAAGCUAUUCCAUGCUGCUAUAUGGAAAAUGUACUUUAUUUUAUAUAGAAAUGUAUAUUCUACAACUAAACAGAACUCUUGGCCAAUGACUAAAUAUGCACAGUACUUUCUAAGCAUAUGACCAUGUUAAUAUUAGUCGUGGUGAUAAAAAUAAAGAUUUUUUUUUAUAUUUGUGUAAUUUUUGAUGUAACCAUUACAAUAAAUGUAGAAAAACAGGUGCUAAUCUUGUUUAUUAGCAUAGUUAUGUUACAAUUGUAUUGUUUAUACACACACACACACACACAUAUAUAUAUAUAUAUACAUAUAUAUAUAUAUAUAUAUGUGUGUGUGUGUGUGUUUUUUUUUACUUUUUUCACAUUAUUUUUUUGAGUUAUUAGAAGGAGCCAGAAAGAAAAUAGACAUUAUUACAUUGAUGCAUGUUACUAUGGUUGCAGAGACCAGACUUAUUUUGCAGUGCCUAAACUGAGUACAGACAUGGCUAGUACUGUACAAUGUGUAGGUGACCUGUAAAUGUACCACACUAUAACUUAAGACCGGCAUAGUGCCUAUGUGAAGUGUAGCUGAAGUCUAGUAUACUAUACCACAUUGUUAACAUUAACAUUGGCAACUGAUGGGAAAGUAUCGUAUGCACUGGUUCCCCAAGAUGGGAGAAAUGUCAGCAUUAUCCAUAUUUUUAUUUUCUUAGCUGUAACAGUUAUGUUUAAGAAGCUUAUAAAGGUUACUUUUAUACAGUUAUUUUAUUAUUAUUGUAAAGUAUUUGUAAAUGUGAGGUCUUCCUUCUGAAUACAAAUAAACUCUUAUCCACAGUGUGGUUUAUGUCAUUACUCGCCAUGUAGCUUUAUUUCUCCUGCUACUGUACCAAUGUAUUUUUCACUCUUGACGUCUAUGGUGAUUAGUGCUGUGUGGACAUAGUUUGUUGUGCAAUCCUCUAACACUUGGACAAGUUACAGUUCUGCAGUAUUUAGUUCAAAUAAACUUUUUUUUUCCGCUAAA